AUCAACCGUUUUCAUCAAUCGAUAGCUCUGUGCUUGAUGUAUAUUCUAUAUUCGCUUGCAACGCUGGUCAGGGAACCACAUGGUAUCAUUCACUUCUGGUGCUCUAUGCAGUGUUAUUUUGUACCAUAAUAGGUAUAAUUAAAUAAGAGUCCAUUUUAAACAAGAGGUUUCCAUCUACAUAGCGAAAAUGUCGCAGGUACAAGCUAGAUUCUUCACAGAAAAUAAAAAGUAUGCAAUAGAUGAUGUCCCGUUCUCAAUCCCAGCCUCCUCUGAAAUUGUUGAUCUCAGCAACGUCAUUAACAAACUCCUGGAAGCUGAAAAUGAGGUCCACCAACAUGUGGAGUUUGACUUUCUCAUCAAGGGUCAGUUCCUGCGUACUGGUCUGGCCAAACACAUGGAGACUGAGAGCAUGUCAACGGAAGACGUGGUUGAGAUCGAGUAUGUGGAGAAGUACACAGCCCCUCAGCCCGAGCAGUGCAUGAUGCAUGAUGACUGGGUCAGUGCUGUAGAGGCUGAUGGAGAAUGGAUUUUGACUGGCUCCUAUGAUAAAACCGCUCGAAUCUGGUCAUCAGAGGGAAAGGCCAUUAUGACGAUCGCUGGGCACACUGAGGUUGUGAAAGAUGUGGCUUGGAUUAAACGAGGCGGCUUCACUUCCCUGCUCCUCAGCGCCUCCAUGGAUCAGACCGCUAUCCUAUGGGAAUGGAAUUCCGAGAGCAACAAGGUGAAGGCUCUGCACUGCUGUCGAGGGCACGGAGGGAGCGUGGAUUCCAUCGCUGUUGACAGCACCAGGACCAAGUUUUGCAGUGGAUCCUGGGACAAAAUGCUGAAAAUUUGGUCUGCAGUUCCAACAGAUAAAGAGGAUGAAAUUGAAGAUGCAGCAGCCAGACCAAGGAAGAAACAGAAAAUUAAACAAAUGGGGUUAACUAGGACACCCCUGAUGACCUUGUCUGGCCACAGCGAAGCCGUCUCCUCAGUACUUUGGUCUGACACUGAAGAAGUAUGCAGUGCAUCAUGGGAUCACACCAUCAAACUGUGGGACGCAGAGACUGGAGGGCUUAAAUCCACAUUGACAGGAAACAAGGUGUUCAACUGCAUCUCCUUCUCUCCACUUUGCAAGAGGCUGGCUUCAGGCAGCACAGACAGACACAUCCGGCUCUGGGAUCCACGCACUAGAGAUGGCUCCCUGGUGCUGCUCUCUCUCACCUCCCACAAUGGCUGGGUUACAGCAGUGAAAUGGUCACCAGCACAUGAAUAUCAGCUCGUAUCAGGAUCUCUGGACAACAUUGUUAAGCUGUGGGACACAAGAAGUUCCAAGGCUCCUCUGUACGACCUGGCCGCUCACGAAGACAAAGUCCUCUGUGUGGACUGGACAGAGAGAGGGUUGUUGUUAAGCGGAGGAGCAGACAACAAAUUGUACACCUACAAAUACUCUGCUCCCCCUUCUGACGACGACGCGUAAAGCAGUCAGGAGGUUGCUGUGAGGCCUGUGUCUGUUGAUUGAACCAUUUCUUCUACGUUUCCAGCUGUGGCUUUUAUCCAGUAGGAACAGAAGAUUCUAGAACACAUUAACUUUUAAUGAAAACUGAAGUAUUUACCAAAUAAACAAAAUUUGAAUUAUUUUGGCCUUCCAAACAAAAUUGAGGUUUGGAUUUUCAGACCCAUGUGAUUUGACUAACACAUUUCUGAUUUUUUAUUUAUGUACUGUACCUGCUUCUGAGUGGACCAAUGGCUAUUCAACCUCCUACAUCAAUUAAUUAUUAUUUUAUUGUUGGAAAGUCUUUAAAACAUUAUUUCAAAUGAUAAUAACAUUAUAAUACUGUAUUUCUAGGUCAUCAACAACAAAUAUAAUUUGGCCAAAAUCAUCAAAAUGGGCACUUUUACACAGGGAUGGAAAGAAGACCUAUUGCAUAGCAGUUUGAGCCAUUCCUGGUUUCACUACGAGUUUAAUAAGAUCCACCUAAUUUUGUUACCUCUGCACUGAGGCUAAUCAGGUUUGUAGUAAAACCUAGAAUGGGUGAAACUGCUAUGCAAUAGGAGUCUUAUUUCCAUCCCUGUACCAUCUUCAGACAAGUUCUUGCCAUGUGGGGAGCAAGUUACUUGGCUCCUUGGCAUACACAUGACACCUGCCCUGGAACCAUUAGCUCAGUCACAUCAACCACAAUUCGGUCCACUUGAAUGUUACAGGGCAUCUUUUUUUCAUUUUGUAAGACUUAAGUAUGCAGUAGAACCUCAAUUUUUUUUUUUCAGAUAACUGAAAUACAUUUUUUUUGUUUCUCUUUUUUUUUUUUUUUUUUUUUAAGAAUUAGACUUUUAAUGAUCUCAUCAGUAAUGAUAUGAGUGGAAAAUGGUUAUUGUUUUUUUACAGAAGCGUGAGUCCGGUCAGGUGAAUAAAAGUAUAUUUUUUAUUGCUACAUCUUGAUUAUGCCAACCUCUCAUUAGUAGACAAUUUUUACAAGUCCCUUAAGAUUUUGCAAGAUGUUUUUAAGAUGACAUCUGCAGUACUUUAGGUUAAAGGAAGUAUAGUUUCUAAGCCUUAUUCACAAGUUAUCUGUUUGCACUUGCACUUCCUGGGUAAUUUAAUCUCAGCAGUGUAUUCUGGGUCAAAACAUGCCACUCAAUAGGGGAAAGCAGCUGAUUGGUUAUUGACAGGAAAGAAGCCGAUGAGGGGGUUGGAACAAUUUCACCCUGCAGGUGGAAAGACCCAGAAAGUACAAAGUGGUCUAAAAGCACUGUUUGAAAACAGAUAAUGUAUGUAACUAUUAUAAUUUGUUUAUUAUUUGUUUAUUUAGCAGACGCCUUUAUCCAAGGCGACUUACAGAGACUAGGGGGUGUGUGAACUAUGCAUCAGCUGCAGAGUCACUUACAAUUACGUCUCACCUGAAAGACGGAGCACAAGGAGGUUAAGUGACUUGCUCAGGGUCAUACAAUGAGUCAGUGGCUGAGGUGGGAUUUGAACCGGGGACCUUCUGGUUACAAGCCCAUUUCUUUAACCACUGGACCACACAGCCUCCAAUUAUUUUAUUAGCUACACUUACAUAAAAGUGUUAGUAUUUUUUGUAAUGUAAGCUUUGUGUUAAAUAUUGUGUAAUGCGGUUACAUCAAUGUUAUCAUUUGUAUGGCUGUAUAUGCAUUAUUUACACAGUGGUGUGUUGGUAAAGGUUCAUACUUUUACCAUUUUAGAUCUCUGUACAUGUUGUAUAAACUGUGUACAUAAUUGUGUGAGUAUUCAUUUUGUGGCCUUUAUAAUGCUGCUCUGCUUUUACCCAGACAUGCUGCUCUUGUAUUGUCUUUCUCUAUGUCUAUUGACAGUUUUCAUAUUAAGUUUCUAAAUUAUUUGAUAGGUUAAUACUCUGUAAUAUUACACAAGGCAAUAUAUAUUGAGGGUAAAAAAUAAGUGUCUUUGUAGAACUUUUCUUUGAAUGCUGGUAUUGUAGCUAGGGCUUCAUUUCUUGUCAAUUGACCCUGUUACAGUAUUUAAUUAUGUUUUUAAAGAACUGAAGUUGAAAAUUA